AUGAGUGGACUAACUAACUCGCUUAACACUGAACUCUUACAACUUUCAAAUGAAGCACGGCGCAAGCAUCCUGAAAUUAAAGAGGCUGCAGAGAGAUCACUAAUUAUUUUACGAACACUUAAAGAACGACCUGGCAUGGAUAUUUCACAAGAAUUGGCAAAAAAUACCGACUUUCUUAGACCUUUUCUUCUGGCUUGUGAAACAAAGCAUGUAAAGUUAAUUACUACUUCUAUAGGAUGCUUACACAAAUUAAUAUCACAUCGUGCAAUAUCAGAGUCUUCUGUUAAAACGAUUCUCAAAAUACUUAAUGACGUAAUGUCACAAGGUGUUGUUGAAAUACAACUUAAGAUUCUACAAACUGUUCCACCAUUGUUGAGUAAUUAUCAUACAUUACAUGGAGAUCUGUUAGCCGAGGCAUUGUUACUUUGUUUUCAUCUCCAAGACUCAAAAAUAUUAGUGGUUAAUAACACAGCAGCAGCUACUUUACGUCAAUUAGUAAUAAAUGUUUUUGACAAAGUUCAAGAAGAGGAUGAGAUUAAUGCUAGAGAUGGGCCAAUUAAGCCUACAUCUACAACAGUGUCAAUACAUGGAGAAGGUGUUAUAGCACUUCUUCCAUGUGCAAAGGAUGCAUACUGUCUUUUUCAAGACUUAUGUUUAUUAACUAACGGUGAAAAUCCCAUGUACCUUAAAUUAUAUAGUUUAUCAAGGACUUUUGGUCUGGAAUUAAUUGAAUCAAUUCUAACAAAUCAUUCAAAGCUAUUUAAAUCACAUCCAGAAUUAACUUAUUUAUUGAGAGAACGUGUCUGUCCACUGAUCAUAAAAAAUUUAUCUGAUAAACAUGAUUUUCCUCAGACAAUGCGAUUAAUGCGAGUUGUAUAUAUUUUAAUUAGAAGAUUCAAUGACGUUUUGGUUAUGGAAUGUGAAAUAUUUUUAUCUCUUUUUAUAAAAAUUCUUGAUCCUGAUAAUCCAUUGUGGCAACGUGUUAUUUCAAUGGAAAUUUUUCGUGGCAUAUGUGUAGAUGGUGAAUUAUUGCGUUCAAUAUAUCGUAAUUAUGAUAAGAGUAGUCAUUCAACAAAUGUAUUUCAUGAUAUGAUUAAUUCUUUUGGAAAACUGGCUGCUGAAAAACCUCAAACUUUGAGCACCGGGAUACAUUCAUUUAUAGGUAAUUUACAUCAAGGUAGAGAAAGCAUAGAUAUUACUGGAAUGGCAACUGCUGCAAUAGGAAAUUCUGUUCAUGGUGAAUAUCCUUCUAUGACUGUUGUAAAUUCAACAAUGAAAGUACAAUGUAUUGAUCAAUUGGAUAAAAUAGAUCCACCUCAGAUUCCUGACACAUAUCAACAUUUUCUUGCACUUGUGUGUCUCAAUUCUAUAGCAGAUGGUCUUCAUAAUUUUGUUUUUACGAUAUUUUCAGAAGUUCUCCAAAAACAACCAGAUAAAGUAUUGUUAGAACGUCAACUUUCUACAUCAACUAUUUCAGGGAAUUCUACCCAUUCUCAAGAUUCUUCUAUAAGAACACAUGCAAGUCAACAACACGCGACUUUUAGUGCAACUACUUUGAAACAAUUGGAGUCACAUGCGUUAUAUAACGAAGUUCUCCUGGUCAAAGAGAUAGCAAAUACAGCAUGGCCCGGUUUAUUGGCUACGCAAUCUUUCUUCCUUACAAUAAAUAUUGACGAUGAAUUAUUUCAAGGUGUUUUGCGAGCUUAUCAGAAUUUUACUAUUGUAUGUGGCAUUCUGCAACUUACAACUCCUCGUGAUGCUUUUUUAACCAGUUUGUGUAAAGGUGCUGUACCGCCUAAUAUAAUCUCUGCUUUUUUGGCAGAAAGCAAAGCGAUUCAUACUGCUGGAACUACGACCAAUCACGACAGCUCUUUUGGUGUUACAUUAUCAGAUAGAAAUUUAUCAUGUUUAAAAAUACUUUUGAACAUUGCACAAUAUCUCGGUGGAGUUUUGGGUGAUUCAUGGUAUUUAGUGUUAGAAGUCUUGCAUUUAGCUGAUUUGAUAUUAUUUCCAAAACAUGGAAGAAGUGGAUCCAGAAGUACUAGAAGAUUAGGUUCUCAGAACACAGCAUCAUCAUCUACAACUUCAUUGGCCAAUUCUUUAACACCUAGAAGUUCUUCAUCAUCUAUUCAUCAAACAACAUCAACGGCACAAAAUAUAAAGCGAAAUUCUACCGUUAUCACAUCCUCUCAAGAUGCAUCAUCAUUAUCUAAUAAUCACUCUAACCAACUUUCAGCAAUUGAAAAUGAUUUAAAUAUUUUAUUGACACAGAUUAAAAAAUUAUUUGAUAAUUGCAGGUUCCUUGAAGAUGAUGCAUUGAAAGCUUUCACUAGAUCUCUAUGUAAGCUCAGUUUUGAUACAAUUGGAAUACCAUUUGAUGGUAAAAUUUUUUCAUCGAUAUCAUCGUCAUCAGAAAAUAAGACACCAAAAUCAACUACACUUGGAAUUUUAAAGGGGAAUAGGUCAGAUGAAAGAUCAUUUGCAAUCGAUAAAUUACGUUCAGUAGCACUAUUAAAUAUAAAUAGAGUAAUUGUUCAGGAGCCUUCUCUUAUAUGGGACCUAAUUAUUUCACAUCUAAUCAUCAUAGCAAAUUAUAUUUCAACUCCACAGCUAAUCCGUUUGCAAGCUUGUGAAACUUUAGCAGACAUUGUUAUUUCAUCAAUGAAUUAUGCAGAAUCUGUACAAAUGGAAAAUGAUGAGCGAAUUCAAAUGCAAUUACUUCUUGCCAUUAAUCAAUUAGUUAAUAAUUUAGAAAGAAAUCCUCAAACAAAUAAUAAAGGAUUUUACAUUGAAGUUCAAAAAAUGGGUUUGGAAACAUUAAAUAAAUUAUUGCAGAAUUCAGGACAUUCAUUCACUUACGGAUGGGGAAUGAUUUUUGAUAUGAUUAAAAGUGUAUGUACAAUUAAUUUAACUCCAUUAGAAAAUGACGAAGAUGAAAGCUGCACAGCCAGUUUAGAUAACAUUACCAUGGCAGAUAACUCAGCCCUUGGUAUUUCUAAUGUCAAAUCAUCUGGUUUGAUUCGUGUGGCAUUUCCUUGUUUGCAGCUAAUUUGUUCGGACUUUUUAUCGUUGCUUUCACCCGAGUGUUUGAAGCAAUGUAUAAAUACAUUAGGCGCAUUUGGUUUACAGGUGGAUGAUUUAAAUAUUAGCUUAACAGCCGUGACAUUAUUAUGGAACAUUUCUGACUUUAUACAGACCAAAAAAUCAGAACUGCUAAAAACCCAAGAAGAUCAAGAUGAAUGGGAGCUGAGUAAAAAUACUAUGAAUGCUCUUUGGAUGUUAUUAUUGUUACGACUUGCAAAGAUUUGCUCGGAUGUUCGAUUUGAAGUAAGGAACGGUGCAAAUCAAACUUUAUUCCGUACUAUAGAUAUGAAUGGGUCCUUAUUAGGGACUCAGAUAUGGCGUGCGUGUAUUUGGCAAGUUUUGUUUCCUUUGUUAAAUUCGGUUAAACAUGCAUCUGAAAAAGCUGUUAAAGUCAUGAAUCAACAAAAUCAUGAUGCUUUGAAUGAUAAACUUUCACCAUCACAAAAAGAAUUUACUGGUUUUAUGAUACAUCAUUCCCGUAAUACUGCAGAUAAACAAUGGGAUGAAACAAAAGUUCUGGUAUUAAGUGGUAUAUCUGGUAUUUUUAAAAACUUUAUACAUAUUCUGGUAAAUUUAGAUGAUUUUAAUCAAGCUUGGAGUUUUUUCCUUUCGCAUUUACAAGAUUCUUGUCUACAUUUUAGUCAUGAAGUAGCCAUUUCGGCUAUUAAAUCAUUACACACUAUGAUUCAAUUUACAAAUGAUGAUGUUCAUAAUGGUGAAUUGAAAGAAAUAAUUUUUCCAUUGUGGCAAACUGCAUGGGAAACAUGGGAAAGAAUUGGUUUAGCUAUUAUCACAAACUCAAACCACGAUAGUAACAAGAAAAAAAUAGAAACUGUUGAAACAUCAUCCAAAGUAGUCUCGUCAAAAUUCGACCAAGAUACCCUCACGGCAUUUAUUUUGACUUUUAUCGAUUUAUACAAUGUGAUUCGGACUGAUUUUGAGAUUAGUAAAAUAAAAAGAUUAUUAGAAAUCACUUAUGGGAUUUUGACUUACCCCUAUAGUCCUUCAUACAGACCUGAUUAUGAUUAUCUAACUCCUUUGCAAGAAGCAGUUUUGGAAGUAAUCAAUAAAUUAGAUCUAAAUGAAUCAGGUGCUCCUGCAGCAGUUUUAAGUAGUUUAGCAGAUUAUGCGACAUUGGCAUUUUUGGGAAAAUAUAAAGAAGAAAAUGGUCAUAAUAAAAAUAUUAAAGAGGAUAUUGGAUCUUUUGUACAAACCACCACUGUUAUUAAUACUAAUACUACUUCUGCUAUCACCAACAGCAAUACUACUUCAUUUAAAGAAGGAAUGUUUUCCAAAAAAUCUUAUGAAACAAUUACUUAUAUUGUAUUUUCUAAAACUGUGAUGCGUACUAUUAAAGUUCUGUUCAAUAAAUUUAAUAAUGAUAAAGGAAUAUAUUCAGAAGGAGUAUUUGCAAAAAUUAUUUGGGCAUAUGGUAUUCCAAUGAAAUUAAAAUAUAAAUGUCCACCUUCUGGUAAAAAUGUCGAGGAUAUUGAACUUUGGAAAAUUGCUACAGAUGUAUUUUUAGAAAUAGUUAAAACCGGAUUGGUCAUAUUAAAAAUCCAUGAAAAUGAAAUUGAGAAAGAAUGUUUUGUUAAUAUAUGGAAACAAUUGGUUGACGUUCUUCAUGAUGCAUUAUUAACAAAUAGUAAAAUACCAGAUUCAUUGAAACUUGAACAACAAGAUAUAGACGAAGCGUUUGAUAUGAAGUUUCUAUUUAAACUACAUUCUGAAGUAAUAAUUCAUAUUGGUCAUCCAUAUGUACCGCAAGAACUAAUCCAAAGUAUGGUAGAAACUUUGAAAGAAGGCUCAAAACUUUAUGAAACUUUUAUAGAAGAAAGGCAAAAUAAUAUCGAUGGAGAAUUAAAUAAGAACAAUUUAUUAUUAUCAUCAAAUGAGUUAUUCCCAUUAACAAUUCAAAAUAAAAAAUUAUCUGAUAAAGUUGAAGGUACAACUGCAAGAAUUAUUCCUGUAGUAAGAGAAAAAUUCGCAUAUGCCUGUCUACAAUGUUUAUUUGAUUUAUGUUCUGAACAAAAUGAAGAAGACGAAGGUGAUAUAGGACAUCGUAUUGCACAAGUUGUUGCACCAAUACUUUUAGAACGAUGUGCAUCGGUAAUAAGAAACUAUACAGCUGAUCAACCAUUGCAUGGAAAAUAUCCGUUUCCAAGGUUAAUAGUUGGGCAUUUUCUUUUUAUAUCUAACUAUAUAAAAUUUUUGUUUUCUUCGGUUUGGUUAAUAUUACAACAUUUAUUUUAUUUAUAUCCGGUUAUUUGUGAAGCUAUUUCGAUUCCUGAUGAAAAGAUAACUGCUUUAUUAAAAGAAUGUUUAAAGAAAGUUGGUAAUGAAUUAGGAAUAUGUUAG